CUACCUCCACGUUGGCUGCCUUUCCAGUUAACUGUCGUCUCGAGUCGCGGAACGAGUUUGGACCCCUGUGUCUGCCGUAGUUAAGUCACGCUUACUCUCCACUUACUGUGGUAGGCAUUCGGCGCGGUCUAAGAACGUUUCUAAGUCCUUAGAACUUUUCUGGCUCCAUAUAAUAGUGCAAUACUAGUAUGUAAGCAUAUUUAAGUCUGGCUGAAACAGAAGUGGUUCUUGGGGAAAUAAAUUAUAGUCGUCCCAAACUGCAAUAUGUUUUGCGAAAAAGCUAUCGAACUAAUCAGAGAGCUCCACCGGUCUGGAGAUGGAUCACUUCCCGCUUUUAAUGAAGAUGGUGUCCGGCAGGUGCUUGAAGAAAUGAAAGCUCUGUAUGAACAGAAUCAAACAGAUGUACAUGAAGCAAAGUCUGAUGGAAGAAGCGAUUUGAUUCCAACUAUUACAUUCCGUCACUGUUGCCUCCUGAGAAAUCGACGCUGUAUUGUCUCCUACCUCUAUGACCGCCUUCUUCGCAUCCGAGCCCUAAGGUGGGAGUAUGGCAGUGUGCUGCCAUCUGCAUUAAGAUUCCAGAUGUCUGCAGAUGAGAUGGUAUGGUUCAAUCAGUACAAGAAGUCCUUGGCUACCUACAUGAGGUCAUUAGGAGGGGAUGAAGGACUGGAUGUGACACAGGACUUGACUCCACCAAAAAGCUUGUACAUUGAAGUACGCUGUUUAAAAGACCAUGGAGAAUUUGAGAUCGAUGAUGGUACAGUAAUUCUACUGAAGAAAAAUAGCCAGCAUUUUUUACCCAGAUGGAAAUGUGAACAACUUAUCCGACAAGGGGUGCUGGAGCAUGUUUUGUCCUAAUGAAACUUGCCAGAGAUUGAAGCCAACAUAGUUUCUAGCUUUUCCCACCAAACUGUUUCAAAAUGUAUAUAUUGUAAAAUAAUAUUUAAGUGUUUGUAUUUCUUAGCCAUUUAGUAUAAACAUUGUAGAUAUUUUGGAAUUUUUUUUAUAGCAGGUUUGCAGUAAUUAUAAAAGCCUAUGAUAAAAAUCAUACUGUUAGAGAAGGCAGUACUGUAUCAUUAAGAGAGGAUUCAGAGAUGUUUGCAAUAAAAAUAUAGCUGUCUUACAAAAUAA